UAUCAGGGAACGCUGUUGUGCUUGGUUUGCGGUGUGCUGCUGCUGUCAACGAGAGUGCCAACAACAUUUAGGCCGGAUAUAAAACCCAAAAGGGGUGCCUGCAGCAAGCUCUCCGGAUGUCCAAGUACAAACUAUUUCUGCUGAGACAUGGAGAAGGGGCCUGGAAUAAAGAGAACCGAUUCUGCAGCUGGGUGGACCAGAAGCUGAGUGAGAAUGGGGUGCAGGAGGCCCAGGACUGUGGUAGGCUCUUGAAGGAGCAGGGAUACAAGUUUGAUUUAGUGUUCACCUCCAUACUUAGCCGCUCGAUCCAGACAGCAUGGCUGGUGAUGGAGGCUAUGGGUCAGGAGUGGGUCCCUGUCGUCAAGUCCUGGAGGCUUAAUGAACGACACUAUGGUUCUCUGAUUGGACUCAACCGGGCAGAAAUGGCUCAACAACACGGAGAGGAAAAAGUGAAGCUGUGGAGAAGGAGCUAUGACAUCACUCCACCCCCGAUUGAUGAAUCCCACCCUUACUUCCAUGAAAUCUACAACGACCGCAGAUACACCACUUGUGAUGUCUCAAAGGUGGACCUUCCCCGAGCUGAGAGCCUGAAGGAGGUACUGGACAGGCUGCUGCCAUACUGGGACAGCACUGUGGUGCCAGAGAUAAAGAAAGGCAAGACCGUCCUCAUUUCUGCUCAUGGAAACAGCUGCAGGGCCCUGCUGAAACACCUGGAAGGUAUAUCAGAUGAGGACAUUGCCGGCGUGACGUUACCUACAGGGAUACCUGUGUUGCUUGAGCUGGAUGAAAACCUCAAGCCUGUGAAACCUCGACAGCUGCUGGGAGACCAGGCGAAGAUUCAGGCAGCCAUUAAAAAGGUGGAAGACCAGGGAAAAGCCAAAACAACAACUUGAAUGCACUGCAAUAGUUGUAAGACUUAACAUAGCUCUGUUCUUGUUGCUUCUGUGCACUUUUUAUUAGGUCUGGUGAACACCAAACUCUUCAACAAACUUGAAUAACUCAUUAUAUAAUACAGUAAAUUAUAUACUAAUAUUAGACAGUAACAACAACAGGUUGCUGUUCUGCUGAGAAGUUCAGAGAUGUGUGUGCAAAUGUUUAAUUGUUGUGAUGAAUUGUGUUUUGUGUAAGCACUGAGGAAGCAUUUGGUCUGUAUCUUGAUCCCCCUGUGAAUGCCUGUAUGUCGACUUUAAUGUAUUUAUUUAUUUAGUUACUGAGUGACUCUACUUUACAGAUUCACAGCAAAGCAGUGAUGCAGAAAAAAACUUAAAAUAAUAUAUUUCCUUUCUAAACAAUGUUUUUGUGUUACAAAGUUGAGCUUUAGGUUUAUUCUACUGGAUUUUUAAUAUGUGCCUUCCGUAUUUAUUCAGCUUUUCGAACAGGUCUGUUAUUUAAAGUGAGCCUAUUAUGCUUUUCCCUAUUUUCUUUCAUGUGUAUGCUGUUACAUUGCCAAAAGCUCAGGCUUCAGCUGUCUGAAACCAGCUAAACACUCAGUUUCAGGCAUUUUCUUUUCUAAUCUGAGAAGGGAUAUCCUUAAUAAAUUUAAAGGGAGAAGAGCUAAAACGGAUGAACCUAGGGUGCGCAAAGGCCAACUGUAAGAUAAAUAAGGAUUAUUUUGAACUGUGAAUCAUGCAAAGCUACUCGUGUAGAGUUCAAAAAUAUAAAUAUGGAGCUGGAAAUCAGCAGAAUAGGUCCACUGAAAGAGUAAAAGCACUCUGUUUACAAAUCUUACCUCAGAAUAUUUAAAAAGCUAGGCUGGUCAUUCCAAGAAUUGGGUAAUUAUGAGCCACUGAAAGGCUGUAAAUAUGCUGAACUAUAAUGCGUACAAGUUACUGAUGCUCAAUAAGUAAAACAGCUGAAUCUGCUUUUCUGUGUGGUUUAUACAGUACAUUAACUCUGACACAGAACAGAUUGAGUUUGAAACACUGUGGCUUAAAAUCAUAGAUCUAUCGGCAUGAUAACUAAUAAUUUCUAUUCUAAAUUACUGUCUACAUGGGCCGUUUGAUGUUUCUCAUGUAAUGACUGAAAAUGUCGCUGUCUGCACAUUGUCUUACAGCAGAACUGUCUCACCACUGUUUGUGGCUCACGCCGCUUUAAUGUUCUUAAUAUGUUGUAAGUACUGUUUAUCAUUUGUGUGUCUAUAUUUUUGUUUGUUGCAUUUUGCUGCCACUGUAACGUGUACCGGUUUGUUAGCUCAACAGGCGAAAUGGACACAUUUUGAACAUUUCUAGAUACUAAAGGGUAGAAACACUGAUAUAUUUGUAACUUCCCUGCUGUUCUCACCUUUCAAGAUGAAAUAAAGGGAAUUCUAAUUUUCCUAAAA